AUGGACAAGCCGGAGCUGUACAGCCGCUGCGCCGCCCCCACCUUCGCGGCCGUCAACAUACGUCAUCUGGAGGAACUCUGGCCCACGCUGACUUGGCCGGACCAGCCUCUGCCCGUGCUGGAGGUGGGCUGCGGGCCUGGAGACAUCACAGCCAAGUUUCUGGCGCCCCGGCUCCCUGGCGGCACGAAGAUUGUGUCCUGCGACGUAAGUCCGGAGAUGCUACGCUACGCGGAGGAGCACAACGGAAGGCCAGGGGUCAUCACAUACGAGAGUUUCGACGCUGCAGAGAAGGACUUGGAGGGCACGGCAGUGUGGAAGCAUGGGCCUUACAGCAAAGCCUUCGCUCUGCUGCUUCUUCACUGGGUGCCCGACAACAGGUGUGCCAUCCAGAACAUCUACAGGCUGUUGGCAGAGGGUGGUGAAGCCGUCUUCACUGUAGUGCCGUACGUCUCCGUGUUCGCCGCGUAUGAAGAAAUGGCAGAGGAACCCCGCUGGAAGAUCUACAUGGAGGACGUGCGGAAGUUCGUGUCGCCGUACCAGCACUCUCCAGACCCUGCAGCGGAUCUGAGGCAGCUGCUGGAGGCGGCGGGCUUCCAGGUGCUGCACUGCUGGGCUGGAGAAGUAGAAGUGGUGUUCAGGUCCGAGCAGGAGCUCAAAGAAUUCCUCGUCUCGGUGAACCCAUUCCUGAAUCGAUUACCGCUGGGAGAGAGAGACGAUUUCAUUGAUGAUAUACUGCAGAGGAUGUAUAAAUUGAACGGGAUAAUAAAAGAAGUAGAUAGCAACUCUGGAGAGAGCAAAAUAAUCUACUUCUUCACUUCAAUGAAGGCGCUGGCCAAAAAACUGUAG